GCCCGCCCCGCGGAGCUGGCGGCCGGACGGGCCGGCCCGCUCGGCCGGCCCGCGUCGCUCUGUGGCCGGCCCGACCGCACUGCCUCCGCGCGGGGAGGCCGGCGCUGUGGCCGGCCGGCGCGGGCUCCGAGCGGGCACGCCGCGCUGCCUGCCCCCCGCCGGGGAGGCGUGGGACUCGGGCUAGCCAGCUUCGGGCUCGAGGUGCCUGAACUUCUGGACCGUCGAACUGCAGAACGGGCCAGCAAAGGAGCGUCGGCAAGCCCGGGCUCCGGCGAGCUCGAGACUUACGCCUCCCCGACCCUCGUGGACGAGAAAGGCGGGCACGAAGAGAAGGGGCAUCAUGUGGGGAGCGGAGAGGAGCGGAGCAACGAAUGCGUCCCAAAGGACGGCCCCUACAGGAGCGCGGCGGUAGGGCCGCAGCCCUCGAAUGGCGAUGAGGAGAGCAGGAGCGGGCGGACGAGAGGAGGAAGAGAAAGGGCAUGGGCGGAGAUAGGCGGAGGAGAUACAGAUAAAAAGAAACACACGGGCGUCAGGCAGACCUGGCACGUCAUGUCGCAGCGCUUUCCGCAGGUCCAGUGCCACCAGGGACCCCCUCAGACUCAAAACCUUCAGCGCCAACAGCGCCUUCUCUCUCCAUCGUACCCUGCCUGCGGUAGAAAACAAUGUAGGCCUCUGCUCGGAGCACCUCUGCGCGAUCGCACUUCCACACCUUCGCGUCGCUUAAGCCGAACCACUGCUCCUUCGCCAAAGAAGGACCGUUGUUGACAUAAGCCACGUAGUGCCCUUUCUGCAUCUCGUCGCCUCUGUGCUCGCAAAGGGCAUACAGUUCGUAGUGAGAGGAGACGGAGCCCUCUCGCUGAAGUCGUUCCAGCAGGCUAUUGAUGCUAAACCAUCGGCAGUUCCGUCGUCCGCUCGAACGCAGGCAGGUGCCAGGCUCUUCAGCUGCGCAUGGGAUAACACAAACUCCUCGAGAUCCAGGCAGGCUGGCACCGCAACGCUGAGCUUGGACUUCUCGUACUUCCCAGAGUAGCAGCGGAACCGCUGUAUGGACCUGACUCUCAAGCUGGCAACACCUGAUGCAUCCCAUCCCUCACGAUUCCGAAACGAACGGAACGCUGGAUUGAAACCCCGUGAUACCAAUCGAGCGAUCACUCGAUCCAACCACCGAACACCAACAAAACAUGAUGCUGCCAUGACAAUCGGCGACCGACCGACCUGCCGCAAACAAACCUGAGGGAAACCCGCACAUAACUAUAGAUCCUAGCGUCCUACCGCGCAUGCGCAGAAUUCUGAGUGGACGGCAGGGUCAGGAGCGGAGGCAGAUCGGUGGGCCAGAGCCACACCCUGCGCGAAGCGAACGUCCUGCCGCUCUUGUCGCCAGUC